AAAUACUCCCUCACACACCAUAUCAUAUUGUAAAAAAUUUCCCCUUCACUCUAUUUAUAUCCAUCCAGUACUCACUACUAUUUCCAAACCAAAAAAAGGAAAAUUAAUGUCGAACCAUGCUACUAAUAAAGCAGUCAGCCAGCUGGAACCAUGGAGAGAACUCACCGGAAAAGUAGUAAUGGUGACCGGAGCAUCAUCUGGAAUUGGCAGAGAAUUCUGCUUAGAUUUAUCUAAAGCUGGUUGUAAAAUCAUCGCAGCCGCUCGUCGUGUUGAUCGAUUGAAAUCUCUCUGCGAUGAGAUCAACGGUCAGGAUCAGGAAUUACGAGCGGUGGCGAUUGAGCUUGAUGUUAGUGCGAAUGGUGCUGUUAUUGAAGCUGCUGUACAGAAAGCUUGGGAUGCUUUUGGACGUAUCGAUGCUUUAAUUAAUAACGCUGGUAUUCGAGGCAGGGUGCACUCUCCACUGGAUUUGACAGAGGAGGAAUGGGAUACGAUCUACAAAACGAACUUAAGAGGGGCAUGGUUGGUGACCAAAUAUGUUUGUAUUCAUAUGCGUGCUGCUAAUCAAGGAGGAUCUGUUAUUAAUAUCUCUUCUAUCGCUGGUCUUAAUCGUGGGCAAUUGCCCGGCGGUCUUGCUUAUGCUUCUUCAAAGGAUGCUCUUAACAGCAUGACAAAGAUGAUGGCCCUCGAAUUCGGACCAUACAAGAUCAGAGUGAACUCAAUAUCACCAGGACUUUUCAAAUCUGAGAUAACAGAAGGCCUCGUGAAAAAGGACUGGAUUCAUAAUAUUGCAUUGAGAACCGUUCCCUUGAGAACGCAUGGAACUUCAAAUCCCGCUUUGACUUCAGUAGUACGUUAUUUAAUCCAUGAUUCCUCAGAAUAUGUUUCAGGCAACAUGUUCAUAGUAGAUGCUGGAGUUACUUUACCAGGUGUUCCAAUUUUCUCAUCGCUUUAGUCAUAGAGGAAAUUGAAUUUGUUCUGUUUGAGUAUAGUGAUACAUGAUCCGGAGGUUAAGAAAAGGUUAUAGAAAUGUUUGGGAACGAACACGGUGCUUCCAACA